AAGCCUCUCCUCCUCCUCCUCUCUGUCUCCUCCCAGCGGGUCUCCCUCCCUUUGCCACUGCGGUGAAAGCCUCCGUGAAGGAGCGAGAGAGACGCGCACACACACACGGCAAAGAGUGCCUGAAGCUGGGGGUAUAAAUCCAGGAGGAGACCUCAGAGAGCCACUACAGCCUCCUCUCUCUUUUUUUUUUUUUUUUAUUAUUAAUUGGGGAGCUUCAUUUCUCCUCCUCCACUCGGCGGCCUAUUGACUCCCCUCCGCUCCGCUCCGCACGCCCUGCCCUCGGCUGUUGUUGUACCUCUUUUCCGCUCAACAUCGGCUGGAUUUCAUCAUCCGACCUGCUGCAAGAUGGGAAAUGAAGCCAGUUACCCCCUGGAGAUGUGCUCGCAUUUCGAUGCCGACGAGAUUAAGAGGCUAGGGAAGAGGUUUAAGAAACUCGACCUAGAUAACUCCGGCUCGCUCAGCGUGGAGGAGUUCAUGUCGCUGCCGGAGCUCCAACAGAACCCGCUGGUCCAGAGGGUCAUCGACAUAUUUGACACGGACGGGAACGGAGAGGUGGACUUUAAAGAGUUCAUCGAGGGAGUCUCACAGUUCAGCGUCAAGGGGGACAAGGAACAGAAGCUUCGAUUCGCUUUCAGGAUCUACGACAUGGACAAGGACGGCUACAUCUCCAACGGCGAGCUCUUCCAGGUGCUGAAGAUGAUGGUGGGCAACAACCUGAAGGACACGCAGCUCCAGCAGAUCGUGGACAAGACCAUCAUCAACGCAGACAAGGACGGAGACGGCAGGAUAUCCUUCGAAGAGUUCUGUGCAGUGGUGGGCGGUCUCGAUAUACACAAAAAGAUGGUGGUGGACGUGUGAGCGCUCGCCCGCUCGCUGACUUCCCUCACCCCCCUUUUCCUCGUCGACACUCGCUUUCUCCACCAUCUCUCGAAGAUCUGCUCAAGACGUCCGGCAAAACGCUCUCUGUGUAACUCAAUGGAAGUAUUCUCUCUCUCUCUCUCUUUCUCUUUACCUCUCUCUUUCUCUCUCUGUUUCUCUGUGAAGCCACUUUUUCUUUCAAAAACCACAGGCCUCGUGAAGCCAACUUGGAAGUGUUAUUGAACUGUAAAUCCUCUCAAUAACCCGGUCGUAGCACUUUAAGAGACUGAAGGACAUCUAUUUGUCAUUUUCAAGAGCAUCUCUGAUUUUGGAUGGAUGGGUGCGGGGGAGGAAGGGGGCGCAGUGAAGAGGCUGGUUGGCUUUGUUAAUAUUUCAUCCUUCCUUUCUUUCUUUUUUUUUUGUUAAUUGUUAUUUUUGAUAUUUAUUUUUUGUUCUUGUCUUUUAUAAAGAAGAAAAAAAUACAAGUAUAUCUUCAGUUGUCUCGUGAGGGGAAGUGUAUAGUAUUUUAACACUUGACUUACAGUACAACUAGAAAGUUUAGGGUAUGAAGUGCCAACCAGAACAUAUCCAGAAACCAGUCCGAGUUAUUACCCCAUCAUCAUCAUCAUCGCGCCCGGGCUUAACAGGCUUGUGACACUUCCAACUUGCGACUGACAGCAGGUGCAAAACUAAAUUUCAGAUUUUUGUUCUCCGCAUACGUGCAAAGCAGUUUGGAUUAGAGCAGUCAAGCUUCCAGCUUCCUUUUUUUUGUGGUAAGAUUAGUUUGAUUCAUACUGAAGAUCAUGUUUAUAUUGUUUUCCUGUCAUGAAAUUCUAGAUAGAUAAAUUAAUGCCAAGAAAAUGUCUUUCCAAAAUAAUUUGUGGCUGCAGACUGAUACAUGGUUUACUUUUCUGUUUGCGUUUUAACGGUGUGCAUCCAUUAGACAAUCUGCAAUGCAAAGAAUAGCUGCGCACUCACUGACAGGACUGAAUUUCUUUAACGUCAAGAAGAGUUGGCUAAGAACCGAGAGUUAAUAGUUUGAGAUCGUUCACAGUUUGUGUGAGUAUAUAGCAAUUUAAGAGACUUAUCUGCAGGCAGCGUUUGUUUAUGUGUAUAUUAGGUAAUCAACGUGUGCUCAUCUUCGUUAACGGCGAGAGAAGGCCUCACCUCUGCUUCACAGGAGCCCUUCUCAAUUCUUACCCUCUCUCAGUACAGCGCAGGACGGGUCAGUUUUGUCGAACGCGACACGAACACUUACAAUCUUAACACGUUGGCAUGAUCAGUGUGCAAUGGGACAGACUGUAUAUUUGACUGUAGGUUUGUUUUUGUUUUUUUAAAGUGUACAUUUCAAAAGUUGGCUUCUUCUUUUUACCUGUCACGAUCACCUCACUUCCUCCCCCCUCCCACCCACUAAUACAAACAGGGAGAAAAACAAAUUGAACCAAAUUUUGAAUUUCUAAAGGGAAAUAUACUUCCUAUUAUUAAUAUAAACCGCAUCGGGAUAGCUUUUUUUUUGUUUGUUUUGCAUCGGAGGCCGACUGCUGGUUUGAACAGAACUUUUCAGUCAGAGAUGUGAACCCGGACUGCUCCGUUGUCCCUCAAUCCCAAAGCUCUGCACGGCUUGGGCCUCCCUGUGCUUGCAUGACAUGGAAAAUAUAUAUAUAUAUUUUUUUGUUGUGCAUGUAGAUCAAUUUUUUGAAAUAAUCCUCUUGUUUACACAUGGAUGGUGAUGUUAAUAUAUUUAAAGAAUUUAAUGGUAUACAAUAUGGAUGUUGCCAAACUUUGGUAAAUGUACACAUAUUAUGAGAGGUAAUCCAAAUGAACUGAACUACAUGUAACUUUUUGUAUUUUACCCGGGUCAGCCAGAUGCUUCUAUUCCAGUAAGAGUUGCAUAUCUGACCCUGUCUCAAACUGCCACACACUGUACUCAGCUUAAAGGGGAAAACUUUGUUUUUUUUCCUUUCUUUUGUAUAUAAGUAUUUGUUAAAUGCAGUUCUGGCUCUCUGUUCUCUGUAUAGUUCAGACCGCGCUUUAGUUUGUAAGUGCUACACUUUCUGAGGGACUUGGGUUCUUUUUAGUUUGUGUGGGGAUAUCUGAGAAGAUUUAAGUUUGAGAACCUUUUUUUUUUUUCUUUCCCCUUUUUCUGCAUGCUGCAUCUUAUGCUGUGGGACUGUUGGAAACUUGAUACUGUAUGAAAAUUAAAUAAAAUUUAAAUAAAC